ACUGUACCGCUUCUGAAUAAACUGGGUUGAUUCUACCGUUCGCUUGUGCGCGCCUCCGAGGUAAGAUGACAAGCUCUUUAGCACUCUUUCUGUUCCAUAUUUUCCACUGCAUUUCACUGUCGCAUUCAAAAUAUACUCGAACGACGAAGCCUUCUAUUUCUCCUUGUGCAUUUGACAGCUCAAUUGAGUGCGAAUUGGCCUAGGCCAUCAUUAGUAGCACUUCGAUUGUUUUGGAGACAAUCAUUUCGCUAACAUGGCACAAUAUGCAAUGCACAUGGCUAAUAUCUGCGGCGGCUUCUCUAUCAUAGACCCGAAUCUUCUGGCUUUGUGGAUGGCUUCCUCCGAGGUAGACCAGAAGGCUUUGGGCAAUUUUGCGGCCUUAACCAGCCUCGAAAACCCCUUCCUGUCCGCAAUGCUCUAUAGAGUUCUAGGCCUUUCGGUCAUGCUUUCGAAGAAGCUACUUCGUGCACGACGACUACGGCGACUGGAUCCUAGCCGAGAAACUAAGUCACUCCAAUUAUAUCAUCAUAUCUUAUGGCUCUCCCGUGAAGGACUACUGAUUUUGGAAGAGUUCGUUCUUCCGAUGGUUGAGGGAUAUGUGGAGCUGAAGAUCCUAGCCUAUAAACUUCGAGCAUCCUUUUACCACAUAUUUGUACUUUUUCACAAUCAGCCCGCAGUUCACUGUCCGGGCAUCACCAGUUUUCCGAGCAAUGGUACUAAACCAAACGACGCACCCAAGGCCGAAUCACCUACUAAAGAACCGGGGUCGAGAUUCUCAUUUAGAUCGAACGCAGAAUCAAUAACAGUCCCUGAACAUCCAGCUUACAGCUCGGGGAACGUCUCUCGGUACACUGCUAUCCAAGUUCCUCCUGGACUUGCACCCGUUCAACCGCCCAAGGCAUCGUCCUUUCUUCUGCCUGCUCUCGAUUACACCCCUACGGCGACGGCAUGCUUCAAUCACGCAGCUCUCUUGGCUGAACGUUUUCUUCCUGGCUCUCACCCUUUACGUCUGUCUAUUAAGCUUGAAUAUGCGGCGUAUCUUUACGACUGUCUCCAUGAUUCUAAUGCUUGUCGGCGGGUGGCCAAACAAGCUAUAGCAGAUGUUUAUAAAGCUCAAGAAGCUAUGGAUGAUGAAAGCUUCGCGGACGCCGCUGAGAUCGUUGGAAUCUUGGGAAAGAUGGUUAAGCGUGGGGGCAAGACUAGCAGCACUGAAGGUAGUAGCACGGCCUCUGCGACUCUUCGAGACGGGAGCUCGAGAAGUGAAUUUGGCGAUACACCGGCAACAGUCACACCAGUGCCACCGGUAACAGAACCGCCAAAGACUAGCAAUGACUUGCCUCCGGCCGUUCCUGACCCUACCAUGAUGAACCCAAUCUAAUACCACCACAAACACGAGUGCUGAUGAAUAAUUGUGGCUAUUGUCGCUACGAUUGUACAUGAUGGCCAAACGUGCUGCAGUGUGGGUGUUUGAUGAAAUUCAAAGAUCUCCGUUGUGGCACUGGUCUUGUCUUCUGUCUUUUUACUUUGUUUAUAGCGACUUUGAUGUAUUCUUUUGUCUUUUAUUGGUUUCUAGGCGCUUAUACCUCUAAUGCGGCAAUUCUACAUAGUCGUUCUGUAUUAUCCAACCCCACAAUGUUAGCAAAAAGAAGCGAUAUGCUGGGAUGUACAUUGUUUUUG